GCUUCUCUUUCUCUCUCUCAUCUCGUACUCUCUCUCUCUCUCUUCGUUUCCUCUCAUUUUAUUCCUCUCGGCGGCUCAGAUGCGGCUCGCUCUACAAUCUCAGCUCCAACUCUUUCAAUUAAACUUAAAUCUCUGUAUCUUCCCUCCAUUUUUCCUCCUCUCUGAUCGAUUGAUCACCAACGCCUAGAACUCCAUAUACGCCACCUCGGAUUCUCUUGAUCCGGGUUCUCAAUCUGUCUCUCAGCAUGAAAUUGGAUGCCUCAGCUUGAAUUCGGUCGCUUCUUUUUGGUUUUUGAGUUUGAAACAGAUUAAGAAUCGGUUGCAGCUCGAAAUGUGAUGGAUUGGGGUUUUAACAAUUCAUACAGUAAUCAGUCGCUGAAAGUGGAUAUGGAUCCGAAGUCUCUGGGGGCGAUGAGUGCAGCAGUCAUCCCCCAAAUUGAUCCAGCUGAUAUUGGGUUAGCUUCUAUCGAGAAGGGGAGUGCCGUUCCUAAUACAAAGCCCAGGAAAAAGACCAUGACCUCGGUAUAUCUUAAAUAUUUUGAAACAGUGAUGGAUGGGAAGAGUCGAAGGUGCAAAUUCUGCGGCCAAAGCUAUUCUAUUGCCACUGCAACAGGCAAUUUGGGGAGGCAUCUCAGCAAUCGACAUCCAGGAUAUGAUAAGAUGGGGGAGUGCUCCACCAGCCCUGCUCCACAGCCUGUCACCAUUGCUAAGAAAUCUCAAUUGCCAACUAAAUCUCCUUCUGUGGAGGUUGACCACCUGAACUGGUUGCUUGUUAAGUGGCUCCUUGUAGCAUCCCUUCCUUCUUCUACUUUGGCAGAAAGGUGGCUGGCAAACACAUUUAAGUUUCUGAAUCCGUCUUUUGAGCUUUGGAAUGUGGAGAAAUUCCACAAAGUGCUGCACGAAGUUUUCAGAAGCAUGCAGGAGACUGUAAGACUAACUCUGGAGCAGGUUUCUUCCAAAGUUUCUAUAACUCUUGAUUCCUGGACUUCAUAUCAGCAAAUUAACUACAUGAGUGUUUCGUGUCAGUGGAUUGAUGAAAGCUGGUCCUUCCAAAAUGUUCUUCUUGAUGUUUGUCACAUUCCAAGCCCUUGUGAGAGUUCUGACAUCUAUUUUGUUUUGUUGAAAGUUCUAAGGUUGUACAAUCUUGAGACUAAGAUUCUCUCAUGUACCCUGAAAGGCGACAUGGACAGUCAGAAACUGUCUAACUUAUUUUGUGUUCCUUGUGCUGCUUAUACUCUUAAUUCAAUUGUAACUGAUGGGUUACGAAGCACAGAACAUGUGAUUAUUAAGAUCAGGGAGUUUGUUAUGGAACUGAAUUCAUCACCAGAAAUGUCUGAGGAUUUUGUUCAAUUUACUACUGCUUACCAUGAAGGAAACUGGCAGUUCCCACUUGAUGCCUCAUCUCGGUGGAGUGGAAACUAUCAGAUGCUUGAUAUAGCGCGGAAGGCUGGUAAAUCGAUGGAAACUGUAGUCAGGAAGCACGAAGAACAAUUGGGUAGAAGGUUGCUGCUCAAUACUGCAGAGAAAAAUGUUGUUAAUAUCAUGCACAAAUAUUUUGAACCCUUUUAUAAGACCAUAAACGAUAUGUGCAUGAGUAAAUUGCUCACAGUAGGUAUGGCUCUCUUUUUCAUGGAUCAUAUCUCUGAGACAAUAUUGGCCUGCAAAGACUCGAGGCAAACCCCUGAAUGGCUCAAGAAAGCUGCUGAAGAUAUGUAUGCCAAAGUGCAAUACUAUAGCAACCAGGUCUGCAAUGCGUUCAUAUACAUGACUGCGGUUCUUGAUCCCCGGAUAAAGGUUGAGCUCAUUCCCGAGUAUCUCAACUUAGAAAGCUACAUGGAGGAGGCUAGAAAUCAUUUCAUCAGAAAUUACUCCGCCCCCUAUUUUUCAUCUGUCGGCAACUCAUACACUACUCAGGAUCCAGAGGACAGAGGGAAUGCAUCUUUUGCAGAGGAGAUUGCUCGUAAGAAAAGGAGGGCCACCAUGAGUUCCACUACAGAUGAGCUUACUCAGUACUUGUCUGAGCCCCCGGUUCCAAUGCAAACAGAUGUUCUCGACUGGUGGAAGGUGAACAGCUCUAGGUAUCCAAGGUUGUCUUUGAUGGCUCGUGAUUUUCUUGCUGUGCAAUCAACUGUGUCGUUGCCUGAGCACAUAUUCUGUGCCAAGGGUAAUGAAAUCGAUAGACAGAGGUCCUCCAUACCACAACAUGAUACACAAGCUUUGCUCUGUGUGAAUUCAUGGAUGCAAAACGGGAUUAAGCUGAAGCAUAAAUCCACUGAGAUUGACUGCGAAAGGAUAGUGGAGCUGCAAGUUGCUUCAGCAACAGAGAGUAGCAGUAGGAGAUUUGACAAGAAGCAAGUGUUAUGAAUAAGACUUGUGUACCAUUGAUUAUUUAGUAUGUACAGGUCGGGGUUGAUACAAGGAUCCGCGUUGAAUCCACGCACCACCUAUAGUCGCGGCUGCUGCCUGACCAUGGUUAGUUUGGUGAUUGAUAAUUUAUGCGAUUCAUAAUAUUUGCUUAUCUGAGGGCUCUUUGACUCAGGUGUUACUGCUUUGAUAUAUGAGCUUAGACGAUUAUAUCAGACUGAGGUUGUUCACUCUACUGGAAUUCCUCCUGCUACUGUGCAGGAGAAUUUAUAGGCUUGUGGAAUUAAAGAAUGGAGUAUAUGAGAGGGGAUGUGAUGUUGAGUAGGUUCAUCAGUUGGCAGCCAUUAAAAGAUGUUCCUGAAACUGUAGUUCAUAUACAUUAUGUUGGUAGUCUCAUAUGAUUACAUGUGCA